AAAAAAAACAAAAACAAAAAGAAAAAAAAAAAAAAAAGAGCCCAACCUUAUUCCCUUUUUGCCGCUACUUUCGAGUUUCGUCGCCGGGGAUUCGGAGGGGGUUGAGGGCGAACAUUGAGGGAGAGUUGCUCUGAUUCGCUUUGUAAAUGGAAGUGUCCGUGCUUGGCCAUGGCUUCCAAUCUCUUCUUCCUCGCCGCUUCCCCUUUCCUCCUCCCUCUUCUCCUUCUUCUUCUUCUUCUUCGACCAGAGGACUAAUCAUUUCUCGACUUUUCUGCUAUGCGACCUCCACUUUUGUUAAUGGAGAAGUCGCAGCUACUCAGACUCAGAAGCGCCAUUCCAAGUCCUACUUGGCCAGACAGUCUGCCAUUCGUGAAGUUCAACAAUCCUCUGAUUGCAGAUCAGCUCUUUCCAGAUUAGAAGGUGUUUUAAAGGUGCAAGACUUAAAUGCGAUAUUACGCCAUUUUGGGACACGAAAGAGAUGGCAUGACCUUUCCCAGAUUUUUGAUUGGAUGCAACAGAAUGGAAAGAUUAGCGCAUCCUCUUAUAGCAGCUAUAUAAAAUUCUUGGGAGAGAGCCUCAAUCCUAUGGAGGCACUUGAAAUAUACAGUAGCAUCCAAGAUGAAUCAAUCAAAAGCAAUGUCUUCGUGUGCAAUUCUGUUCUUGGUAGUUUGAUCAGGAAUGGAAAAUUUGAUGGCGGCUUUAAAUUGUUUCAUCAGAUGAAGCAGGAUGGUUUAACGCCGGAUAUCAUUACAUAUAGUACGCUGCUUGCAGGUUGCAUAAAAGCCAAGCAAAGUUACCCUACAUCUGUAGAACUUGUCCAGGAAUUGCGGCAUAAUGGGCUGCAAAUGGACAGUGUAAUUUAUGGGACAAUUCUGGCUAUAUGUGCUUCCAAUAAUAAAUGGGAGGAAGCAGAAAGGUAUUUUAACCAAAUGAAGGAUGAAGGACAUCCACCGAAUGAGUUCCACUAUAGCUCUUUGCUCAAUGCCUACUCUAUAUGCGGAAACUAUAAGAAGGCUGAGAUUUUGGUUCAAGAUAUGAAAUCUGCAGGGUUAGUACCAAACAAGGUGAUUUUAACGACUCUACUGAAAGCAUAUGUCAGAGGAGGCUUGUUUGAAAAGUCUAAAGAACUAUUAGCUGAACUGGAAGCUUUGGGCUAUGCUGAAGAUGAGAUGCCGUAUUGUUUAUUGAUGGAUGCACUUGCUAAGGAUGGACAGAUCAAUGAAGCUAAAUUAGUGUUUGAUGAAUUGCAGAAAAAAUGUGUUAGAUCAGAUGGCUAUGCAUACAGUAUCAUGAUUUCUGCCUUCUGCCGAGGUCGGCGUUUUGAAGAGGCGAAGCAGUUGGCAAAGGAUUUUGAAGCAACAUAUGACAGAUAUGACUUAGUGAUGCUGAACACUAUGAUCUGUGCUUAUUGCAGAGCAGGUGAAAUGGAGAGUGUAAUGGAAAUGCUGAAGAAAAUGGAUGAAUUAGCAAUAAGUCCUGAUUAUAAGACCUUUCAUAUCCUAAUAAAAUAUUUCUGUAAGGAGAAGUUGUAUUUGCUUGCUCAUCGGACCAUGGUGGACAUGCACAAUAAAGGCCAUCAACUAGAGGAGGAACUAUGUUCGUCCUUAAUGUUUCAUCUUGGUAAGAUGAAGGCACACGUAGAAGCUUUUUCUGUCUACAACAUGUUGAGAUAUAGCAAAGGCACAAUGUGCAAGGCCUUUCAUGAGAAGAUUCUCCACAUUCUAAUAGCAGGGCGUCUUCUUAAAGAUGCCUAUGUAGUAGUAAAGGACAAUGGAGAGUUGAUUUCUGCACCUUCUAUGAAGAAGUUUGCAACUAUAUUUUUGAAGUCGGGAAACAUCAAUUCAAUGAAUGAUGUGUUGAAAAUGAUCCAUGGUUUUGGCUGCAAGAUUGAUCAGGAUUUAUUUCGGAUGGCCAUAUCACGCUAUAUUAUGAAACCCGAAAAGAAGGAUUUGCUUCUGCAACUACUGCAAUGGAUGUCCGGUAAUGGUUAUGUUGUCAACUCAUCGACAAGAAACCUAAUCCUGAAGAACUCACACUUAUUUGGUCGGCAACUCAUUGCUGAGAUACUGUCCAAGCAGCAAAUGAUGUUAAAAGCAUCAAAAUCAAAUUAAAGGAGGGAUAAAUAAAUCUGAAACCAGGGAGUUCACUGCAGAAAGCAAUUUGCUGCACCUCGCCCUCGCAAGCAAUUUGAUGCGCGGGCAAAAAGUGUGACACACUGAUAUAACGUGUACACAAGUUGCACUGGAAAUUGUGAGUUCAGCUUUGUUUGGCAAUGUUGAGUUUCUUGGGGGUCUUAAUGGUAAGAACUCAGCUGCUCAGUCGCAAAUAUCCGGUUGCUUUACCUUUGAGCCCGUGACAAAUUUGGCUGCUAUGAGUGAAAGAUAUGUCAUGUCAGUUUAGUGAUUACUAUCAGAUUUAGAUUGUACAAAGUCCCUUAUGAGGCAAUAAGAUUUUCUUGCAUUAGCACAUAAUUUCUCCAGAUUUUGCAAUCAGAACUGGUAUCAUGUAAUCGAUCAAGAUGAAUGAUUAAGAAUGGGGUUAAACGGUACUAUGAAUGGGUUUAAUGCAAAAAUUAUG